AUGUCCCCCUCCAAGAACACGUCCUCUUCCAAGUCCAAGAUCUCGCUCACCAACCCGUCCAUCCCCCUCAACUCCCUCAUCCUCGUAACAGGCUGCAACGGCCUCCUAGCCUCGCACGUCGCCGACCAGCUCCUCGCAGCAGGCUACCGCGUCCGCGGCACCGUUCGCAACCCCAACAAAUGCUCCUACCUUACUUCCCUCUACUCCCACCGCCACGGCGGCCCGGGAAAAUUCGAACUCGUCGAGAUUUCCGACGUCACGGCCCCCAACGCCUGGGAUGACGCCGCGAAAGGGGUGGCAGGGAUCGUGCACUGCGUGGGAGCCACGGACUUGACAAUCCAGGAGCCGGAUAGCGCUGCUAAGGAGGAGUUGGAGUGGCAGGUUGGUUUGUUGGAGGCUGCUAAGCGGGCAGGGACCGUCAAAAGCUUUGUUUUUACUUCUUCGGCGUGGGCUCUUUGGAUGCCUGAUGCUAGCACAAAGGUGACUCUGACGGAACAAAUUUGGAAUGAAGACGCCGUGGCCCUGGCAAGAGAUAAGAAUGUUGAUCCGAAAACGAAAGGAAUGGCGGGGUUUAUGGCGCUCAAGACUCUUGUUGAGCAGGGUGUCUGGGAAUGGGUAAAGCGCGAGAAGCCUGGUUUUGCGUUUAAUACCGUUCUGCUGGAUACUGUACUCGGCGAGUGUCUUGAUCCGAAAAACCAGGGGAUUCCAAGCACGCCAGGCAUGGUCCAUUGGAUCUGGGAGAACAAGCACAUGGCUAUCAUCGACCUGAUGGAACCGCAGUGGUUUGUGGAUUGCGUGGAUAUGGCCAAGGUGUACGUUGCAGCGCUGGCGUCGAGUCCGAAAGUGGAUAGGGAGAGAUUGUUUGUCUUCGGCGAGCGGUAUAGCUUCAAGGAGGUGGCGCGGUUGUUGGGGGAGAUGUUUCCCGAGAGAAAGGAGAAGUUUGGAAAGCCAAAGAAGGAGGGGUGGGAUCAAACCGAGGUGCCGAACCAGAGGGCCGAGGAGUUGUUGAAGAGGGUGGGACAAAAGGAGGGCUGGACGAGGUUGGAGGAGAGCGUGAGGGCGAAUGCGGAGAGUAUUUUGAGGUUGGAGAGGGAAGGUGGCACGGGGGUCCCGCAGAGUACGUAUGCGAGGUAA